AUGAAUAAAAGUAUGUCUGUUUUACAUCAAAACUAUGGAACAACUGACAACACUAAUGAAUUUGGUAAUAGAUAUUUUGGUGAAUCAUCAUUUAUAACAAAAUGGUUUGAUAUUCCAAAAAUUAAAAGAAGACAUGUAUUAGCAUUUAUGGCUUUUCUAGGAUUUGUCAACAUUUAUGCAAUGAGGGCAAAUUUGAGUGUCGCAAUAAUUGAGAUGACAUCUCCUAAAUAUAUUCAAAAUGGUAGUAUAACGAUAACUAAAACACCAGAUUUUGAAUGGGAUAAGAUGACACAAGGAUUAAUUUUAGCAUCAUUUUUUAAUGGAUAUAUUUUUACACAAAUACCUGGAAGUUAUUUAUCUUCAAAAUAUGGUGGGAGUAAAAUAUUUUUAUUAGGAAUAUUUGGUACAGCUUGUCUUACUGUUUUAACUCCACCACUUUCUUAUCUUGGAAAAUAUGUUAUUAUUAGUAUUAGAUUUUUAGAAGGUUUAUUUGAAGGAGUAACUUAUCCUGCUAUGGUUGCUAUAUGGGCAAAAUGGGCUCCAUAUACUGAAAAAAGUCGUUUAGCAUCAUUUGCUUUUUCUGGUUCUUAUUUUGGUACAGUUAUAAGUUUAUCAUUAUCUGCUUAUAUUGGUGAGAUAUUUGGUUGGCAAAUGAUAUUUUAUUUUUUUGGAAUAAUUUCAAUAAUUUGGUCAUAUUUUUGGAUAAAAAUUAUUAGAGAAAAUCCAGAAGAUGAUUUAUAUAUAACUGGUGAUGAAUUAGCACUUAUAAAAACAAGUACAUUACCACCAAGUAAUGUUAAUUUUAAUUGGAGACAAGCAUUAAUUACAAAAAGUGUUUGGGCUAUUAUAGCAGCACAUUUUUGUCAAAAUUGGGGAUUUUAUACAAUGUUAGCUUAUCUUCCAAAUAUUUUAAAAGAUUUAACACAUUAUAAAAUUGAGACAGUUGGUGUUUUUUCUGCAAUACCAUAUUGGUUAAUGGGAUUUAUUUUAAUUUAUUCUGGAAUGUUUUCUGAUAAACUUCUUGAACGUUUACAUUGGCCUGUUGAAAAAGUAAGAAAAUCAUCUUUUACAUCAUCAUCAGGAUUAUUAAUUUUCUGUAUCGUCUUAUCAAUAGGUGCUGGAGGAUUACCUUGGUCUGCAUUUUCUGUUAACACAAUUGAUAUAGCUCCACAAUUUGCAGGUCAAUUAAUGGGCUUAUCAAACACUUUAGCAACAUUCCCUGGUAUGAUAUCUCCAUUAAUAGUUGGUUCAAUUGUAAUAAACGGUACAUACCCAGAAUGGAAUAUCAUUUUUUAUCUUACUUCUUUAAUUCAAAUAAUUGGAGCUGGAGUGUUUUAUAAAUUUGCAUCUGGUGAUAUUGUUGAAUGGGCCAAAGAACCAUCUAUGUUACCAGCUGCUUUUACAACUUUUUGA